AUGCGAGGGAAAUACGUCUUUCUCCUGGGCUUCUUGUUGCUCAAACUCACGGCUCUGGUGUGCAAGGCUGACGGAGAGCCGGGUCUUCUCGGCGGGUUCGUGAUGAUCGCCACCUCCAACGGUUCCAGGGAGGAGGAGGUGAGCGCGUCCGAGGAGACACCGCACGUCGAGGACAAGUGCAGGGGCUACUACGACGUGAUGGGCCAGUGGGAUCCGCCGUUUAUUUGCAAAACGGGCAAUUACCUGUACUGCUGCGGCACCUGUGGCUUCCGCUUCUGCUGCUCCUACAAGCACUCGCGCCUGGACCAGAGCACCUGCAAGAACUACGACACUCCGGUGUGGAUGAAGACGGGCCAGACGCCGUACAAUAAGAUGAACAAGAUGCGAGACAGCACCAAAGACAAGACGAACUUAAUAGUGUACAUCAUCUGCGGGGUGGUGGCGAUCAUGGCGCUGGUGGGGAUUUUCACGAAGCUCGGUCUGGAGAAGGCGCACCGGCCGCAGCGAGAAAACAUGUCCAGGGCUGUGGCCAGUGUGCUCCAGGGCGGGUGUCCCACUGAGCAGUUCAGAGGAGAGGAGGGGCUGGGGAUGACCUCACAGCAUUUUGUCUCCAGGACCACAAACCUGCAGGGAGGCCAGGUCAACAACAGUGUGGGAGGGGCUCUGGGCAUGGGUCAGCCCCAGCACCCGUACCCCGCCCUGGGGCAGCUGGCUCAUGUGUACGACCACCAGCAGCAGCAGCAACAGCCCAGCAAGGACCUCAACAAGUACGCCUCGCUCAAGGCCGUGGCGGCCAAGUACAACGGAGAACUCUACAACAAGCGGCGAAUGAUGGUGGAGCUUCCGUCCAAGGGAGGCCUCCCCAUGCAGCCGAUGGGCAGCUCUCGACAGACCAUGGGCAACAUGACCCCUCCGAUGACCUCCAACCCCAUGACCUCUAACCCCAUGACGUCCAAUCCCAUGAGCUCCGCCCAGAUGAACCCCUCCAUGGCCCAGAUGAUGCCCAUGACCUCCAUGACGCAAAUGACAUCCAUGACGUCCAUGCAGCACAUGACUUCGAUGACGCCAAUGACCUCCCUAUCGCACAUGACUUCCCUGACCCCCAUGACUUCCCUGGGACCCUUGACACCUGAACCCGUGGCGACCUACACCACCCUCCCGACAGAGCGCCACAUGGCCGGAGGAGGCGGAUUGAGCGGACAGAGGCCCAACGGCCAAAAACUGAAAAGCAUCCACACUCACCCGGCUCACAGCGCGCACAGCCACCCCCACGGGCACAGUAGCAAACCGCCGGGGAUGGGUGGCACAACCUUGGCGCACAUGUCGGGGACCAUGCCGGGAGGUACGUCUUUGGGUAUGUCCAGGCUAAGCGAUGCCCCCAUGGGUACGGCAACCAUGGGGCGCCCGUUUGCGUACAACUCCAACACGAUAUCAGCCUCGCACUCGAUGGGACUUGGGAUUAAGGGAUGGGACGGAACGGAGACGGUGGGCCGGAGGAAGGCUUACGGGCACAAAAGGCCGCAGUGCACCAUCCUGGAGCCCAACCAGCUCCACGGGACACGGGCCCAAAGCCGGAGCCAACACUUCCUCCCCACCCAACCGUACUUCGUCACCAACAGUAAAACGGAGGUGACGGUGUGA